UUCAUUGGCAAGUUACCAGAAAAUCCGAAGUGGACUGUUGACAACUUGGCAACUAAACUCAGUGUUUAUACUAUCUUAUUUACUGUCAAGAUCAACAAUGAGUGCUUCUAGCGAACCUUCGGAUUCUGGACAUCAGACCCAAGCUGCUCCAAGACAUGAGAAACUACGGAGUGAAGUGUAUUCCUAUGAAGAAAUUCAGAUAAUUGUUAACUUUUUAUUUGAGAGAACAGAACAACGCCCGACAUUCGGUAUAAUAUGUGGCUCAGGACUUGGUGGACUUGCUGAUAUGAUCACAGAGCGAGAAAUGUUUCCUUACAACAAAAUCCCUGGAUUCCCAGUCAGCACAGUCCCUGGUCAUGCUGGACGGCUGGUGUUCGGGAAACUGAAGGGAAAGACUGUGGUGUGCAUGCAAGGACGCUUUCACCCGUAUGAGGGUUAUCCUAUGAUUAAGUGUGCAAUGCCCGUGCGCGUGAUGUCACUGAUGGGAGUGAAAUGGCUGGUCGUAACGAAUGCCGCCGGUGGCCUCCACCCUGAUUAUAAUGUUGGCGACAUCAUGGUCAUCAAGGACCACAUCAACUUUCCGGGGCUUGCUGGCAACAGUCCUUUAAUUGGACAUAAUGAUGAGAGAUUUGGCCUCCGUUUCCCAUCGAUGUCUGACGCGUAUGACAGAGACGCUCGUCGGAUAGCACUUGACAUAGGAAAGAAAUUAGGCUAUAGUGACUUCAUGCGAGAGGGUGUCUACUCAAUGCAGGCUGGACCUUGUUUUGAGACUAUAGCAGAAUGUAAAUUCCUCCGGACAAUUGGAGCAGACGUCACAGGUAUGAGUACAGUACAUGAAGUGAUGGUUGCAAGACAUUGCGGCAUUAAGGUAGUGGGCAUGUCGCUGGUUACUAACAAAUGCGUUAUGGACUAUGAUAAUGAAAACCAUCCAAAUCACGAAGAGGUUUUAGAAACGGGACGUAAACGUGGAGAAUGUAUGCAACGGCUCACUGCGGCAAUCGUGGAAAAGUUGAGCUGCUGAUUAAAUCUGGAGGCAAAUGGAUACUCAAUUGGGGGAACAACUGUGUGUAUAAGGCGUCUGCUCACCUUGAAGCUGACUAAGGAAGUUAAGACAACAGGAACCUAUAUGCAUGGAGCGAGGAUGGUCUUCCGUGUUUAGAAUGCAAAUAGAUACUUCAUCUGAUACUUCCGCUUGUUGUAAAAUCAUGUGAUGUCAGAAAAAAAGUAUUGUUCAUGUUGUGAAAUAAGCAGUUCUGACCACGCGGUUGCUGAAUGUCGUCGUCUAUCAUUUGAAUAAAACUGCCUAUUGUUAUAUCAGAUUAAUUAAACGAUAUCUCUUUUCUUGCUUAUUGCUAAAAACUUGAGACCAUUGAUCACAGCGCUAUGCAUGGCUUGCAGCCAGAUCUAUUAUGGGUUGAUUGUUCAAAACACAUAUGAUAUUGGCGUUGACUGGGUUCACAUACACAUUAUCUGUUAGUGGGGGACAUGGAUUGAUUUGCUUUAAACGGUCAUGACCCUCACAGAUCUUUCUGCUGCUAUUAGGGCAGAUAGUAAGACACCAUCAGUCACUUCAUUUGGUAGACUCAAUUCUUAAAUGAUACCAGUUUAGGGUCAACAUUGGCAGAAUUUACAGUCGAUACUUUUGCCCUCUACUUACUGUGAUCAGAACUGUAGGAUCAUUGAUAUCUGUCAUGUGUUUAUUGAAUGGUUUUAGACCUAACUGGUGUUAGGGAUGUUUGGUGAGUAUUGUUACUUGGGCAGGCCCAAACUUAGAAAUUGACAGAGCUGGUUAUGGGUCCACUGACUGUCUGAUGACCUUCUGUCAAGGUCCUUUCAAUGUCUUUGCAUGGUGUUCAUGCCUUACACAGCUGUGACCGUGUUAACUUCAUGUAUCAGGCAUCUUCAGGCUGGGAUUCAUUGUUUAAAUCAUUAUAACGUGUAGAAUGUAUCUGGUGAUAGGGUAUACGGUUGGUAGCACCCCCGCAUAGACUAACGUAUGGAGAACACUACAUGAGUACAACCUCUCUAUUGUGGACACCCAUGGGACUGGGCGUUGGUGUCAUGUGUAUGAACACGGGGGGUCGUGAAGCCUGCAUAUUACAUAUUCCAUUUAAUUGUAAAUAUUAACUAUUUCAAAUAAUAUGAUUCCAUUUAUAUGCAAACUUGAAAUUACUAUAUUGUAAUACCUUGUGGCAUGACUAGUGGAACAUAUUAAUUCGACAACAUUGAUAUAUGCAGGUUGUGUUCAUAUGCUACACACUACAUAGACAGCGUACAUCCUUAAUGAGUUGUAUAAAAGUAUUUGAUUGAGCUACUACACAUCGUCUGCAAUUCGUAGUAGAGAGAUGUCCGCCCUACAGAGGUUUUGGUUGAAGCAAAUGACUUUGAAAAAAUCGGGACUGAACGAACAUGUCCGUACUGUGGAGGUGUCCGCCUGGCAGAGGUGUCCGCAAGGGGUGGUUCUACUGUCCUUACGUAUUGCCCAGACGCAUGAAACUGCAAACUGGCCCAUUUCAGCUCUUCCCCAGUCCAAAUCACAAACAGUUGUUCCUGGCUUGAAAAUUCAAACUAAGCAAUUUUAAUCGAGGACCCCAAUGAAUUAGAGGAAAUAGAUAGAAGCUUCGUAUUCAAUAGAAUACUGUAUUCGUCUUUCAUCCCAGUAAGUGAUUGCAAUGCUGUGUAUAUAAAUGUUGUACAGUAUAUGAAUAGUUGUAUAAGAAUAGGGAUACAUAAAGAGGACCAUAGUUGUAUGAAGUCAAUGUCUGACCAGUAUUCUUCCUACUGGUUGUGUAAAACAUCUUAUUUGUUUAGUGAAAAGUUAUUGCUUCAGUUGAUUCUCUUGAAGUUGUAGAUUUGUACAGUGUUGGGUAGUGAUAAAAUCUUGAUCUCUAUUAUCAAGUAUUCAUGAAGACUAGACUUUUUUUUCCUUGCUAUUAUCAAUCAAUAUUACACAUCAAGAGAGGUAUUGAGUCCUCAAAUUUAUGUGCUAUAGGCAGGAGCCAGGUAGGCCAGAUUAAGUUACACAAAGCUGCUGUUGGGGGGGGGGGGGUCUCUCCUCUCUCACAGUAUAUCGAAACUACUCACGUUUGACUAUGUAUGAUGAUCAGUAUACUUAUUGUAUCAAGCAAACCAUACUGAAGACUUCCAAUUUGACCCCCCUCCCCCCAGCUUCUAGCCUUGGUCCUCAUUCAACACUAUUGUAUAAGGAGAAUAAGGAAGUUAGAAUGGCAAAGAGUUCUAGAUUUGUCUGUUUUGUAUAAAGGAAUGUACAUGUAGUUAUAAAAAUGAAAUCAUGUAGACGACCAACACUUCUGCCCCAAGCUCUUAGGGCUUGCCAAGCGUAGGCCACUUGCAUUAUUUGGUCAGCAUUUUUUCAUUGUAUGAAUGUGCUAGCUUUUGGUAUAAGACCACAACAUCAUGUUAUUUUCACCUACAUUUUAUUAUUGUGCUGUUUGUUAUAAUGUUGAAUAAUACUACUUAUACUACAUAA